CUAGAGCUAUCAUCUGAUUCCUCUGGCGAGUGAGUAAGUCUCCCUAAAUAAAAAUAGGAUGUGUCAAAGUUAGGGACACAUCAUUUUUUACUAAAACAUUUAAAGCAAGUUUAGGGAAAGGGGAAUAAGAAGACACCAUGUUUACAUCAGUAACGACUGGUUCUAUGAGCCAACCUGCACCAGCCAAUAGAACAGAAUUAUAUGAGGAGGUAAAGCUGUACAGAUCAUCUAGAGAUAGAGAAAAAUAUGACAACAUGGCAGACCUGUUUGCAGUAAUCAAUACACUACAGUGCCUAGAGAAAGCUUAUAUCAAAGAUUGUGUCACACCAAAGGAGUAUACUGCAGCAUGCUCCAAGUUACUAGUACAAAUCAAAGCAGCUUUUAAGCAGGUUCAGGGAGAUGACCAUGCUACUAUAGAGGUGUUUAUGAAGAAACAUAGGAUGGAUUGCCCUGCAGCCUUGGAGAGAAUAAAGGAAGGCAGACCAAUAACCAUUAAAGAUGACAAAGGCAACACCAGCAAAUGCAUAGCAGAUAUAGUUUCACUUUUUAUCACAGUAAUGGACAAACUACGCUUAGAGAUAAAAGCAAUGGAUGAGAUUCAUCCAGAUUUAAGAGAGUUAAUGGAAACCAUGACCAGACUAAGUAUCUUACCUGCAGACUUUGAGGGAAAAGUCAAGGUGGAUGAAUGGCUGAAGACUCUGGGACAGAUGCAGGCAUCAGAUGAACUAUCAGAGCAGCAAGUGAGACAAAUGCUAUUUGACUUGGAGUCCUCAUACAAUGCCUUCAACAGGAUUCUCCAUUCAGAGUAACCAGAAAAUGUGGAGGACACAGGGACAGUAGACUAAACAGUUACUGGAGGGAUUUUUACAGAGGACAUCACAUGGUGGGAUAGAUAGGCUCACACUAGCAUUCAGAGUGUUCAUCGAAAGCUUAAGAUGAUGAGAGAGAAUUUAUUCUCACAAUUUUGGUGUUUUUUACUUUCUUUUAAAUUAUUUGUUGCAAAAAAUUUUUUGGGUAUUUGAACUGAAAUGAAAAAAUAUGCUAGAGUGAGCCCUGGAAAUAGCAUGAUAUCUUGAAGCAUGAUAUUUGAAUAUUUUCAUUUCAUCAUUAUUUUGAAUCAGCAGUGCUAUUAACAUUUCAUGGACAUCCAAGACAAAGGACAAUUGUAUCAUGAUUAUACAUACUUUUUAUUUAAAUAUUACAUCGGAUGUAUCAGCUGCAAUAAGAUUAUGAUAAUGAUGUGGUGUAAUAUAUAUUUUAAGAUCACUGAUGGAUCUAAUUAUGAAAUGUGCCGCAUACCCUCGUGUUGUAUAAAACGUAACUGUGUGGAAUGACUAGGCGUCUAGACAUGAAGGAAAUACCAUUGAAUUCUUUAUUGCUUGUGAUGGAAAAGCUGCAGGCAGAAUAUAGUGCACACAUUAACCCCUUCCUGCAGUUACAACAUCAUUGUAAAAUCAUUAAAACAUUCAUUUGAAAUAUUAACUUAAACAUUUAUUCAUACAAUAUAAAAUAUCUGAAAAUAUGAAGAUAGGCCAUUGCACAUUUCAGUUGGUGACAUUUUCAUUGCAGAUGUCAUUUAUUUAUUUAUUUGUUUAUUUAUCCUGUUUUUAACAUGGAAUUAAUCAUUUAGAAUAAUAGUGGAAAAUGCUUGGGAAUACUUCCAAUCAUUUUAACCACAUUGGUUAUAUCGAUUGAAUUCAAUUGUGUCCUGUCCAUAAUAUGUACAUAUGUUGAAAUUAUUUAAAUAUAUUAUGUGCUAUUUAUGAUGACACGAUUACUUAUUGUUGUAUUUUAUGGAUAAUGAAAUGGCAUCCAACCCAGAAGAAGGCUGAAUCCUCUUUUCUCUCUCUUAGUUAUGUUGUUUCAGUUGAUGCUGGUAACUAGUCUACUAGAUAACUUGGUAAUAUAUUUAAAUGCUUUAGAACUGAAAUUCUUUUAUAUCACCCUGAGCUUGUAUAUAUUCACGUAAUUUAUAAAUAUGCAGAACCUGUAUAAAAAAUGGGUUGUAGUACCGGUACAAGUGUAAUCCAGUGCAUCAUUGUUGUAUAAUGAAAUCUGUGAAUGUUUAUUAAUUUCCCCAUUAAAUGUUAACUGUAAAAUGAAAUAAACAUUGGAUUUUGUGUU